ACGGAAAUUUCCAUUAAGUUCGUUAUUUAAAAUAAAAUGUAUACCAGUACAUCCAACCGAAUAGCAAAAACCGAAUAUUACCGAUAUGUAUUCUGGUAUUAUCCGAAACUGGAAACUGAUGAGAACCCUGCAAAGGAUUCUGACACCGAGCAAUCGCUCAUGCUAACCGGUACCAUACCGGUAGGAAUCCCAUCGAUGCAAUUGUCUGCUGUUGUCGUGUGCUUUGUACCUGGGACUCUGUUUCUCCUAUUCCCAUUCCUUCUGAUUGUCUCCUUCCUUCCUUCCUAUCUUCUACUGUAGCAAGCUAUCAAGCAGCCAGCAUUCCCAGAGCUUCAAUCCUCGCUGCAAGAGGACACAACCGGAAAGAACACGGAACAAAAGAAAAACGAGAACUCAUAAUAUUCAUUGAUUGAUUGAUAGAUAGAUUGACCAUGGUGGCUCCUCCCGACUCUUCCCCCAAUUUGGUAGAAAAUGAUACCGCAGCCACGUUAGUAGAGGAGAAGGACAAGGACAAGGACGAGGAGAUGGACUGCUGCUAUUGGGAUCCUUCUGCCGAGAAUGACGAACAAAUCCAAAAGUGUAUACCCUCGUGUACGUGUUCGUGCUCUGCGUAUGGCAAGGUAUGUCCUGCCAGUGCCAUGUUGGCCGGCAAGGCAGCCGUGGCAGCUGUGAAAAAGCUGCGAGAGAAUUCCGUGCUCUUUGCCAACAAGGACUGCAUGUCGUUGGACAAGAGGUUGACUCUGGACGAUUUGACCAUUACCGAUACUAAAUUGGGCGAAGGAGGAUUCUGUGUCGUCAAGGCAUGUACCGUCAAACAACAAGGCAAUCAAGAAGAAGAUCCCAAACCACUGGCCAUUAAAUUCUUGAAGCGACGCACCAUGGCCAAUCGAAAACAGUUUGCCCACGGUGCAUCCGAUCUGGCACAAGAAGCCUACUUUCUACAUGCCCUCAAGGGUCACCCCAACAUUCUCAAUCUACAUGCCGUCAAGGCGGGAAAUUUGGCAUCCAAUGUCAUGAUGGCACAACAACAACAACAACAAGACUGCGACAAUUAUGGAUUCUUUAUUACGGUGGAUCGUCUCUAUUCCACCUUGGAACAAAAGCUGGACGAAUGGCGGAAACAACAACACGAUCAAAAAAAGGAACCACUCUUUGCAGCAUUGCUCAUGAGUGCCGAACAAAAGCAACACAAAAAAGAACAAUUCCAACAGCGACUGCAAAUUGCCAUUGAUAUUGCCACUGCCGUGCAGUUCUUGCAUCAAAAACGUGUGGUCUUUCGAGAUCUAAAGCCCGACAACAUUGGUUUUGACAAAGAUGGGACACUCAAGUUGUUUGAUUUUGGAUUGGCCAAGGAACUCAAACCCAACGAAUCACAUGCCGAUGGACGAUACCAGCUCACGGGAAAUACGGGCUCCAGGCGGUAUAUGGCACCCGAAGUCGCCAAGGAAUUGCCCUACAAUCAAAGUGUCGAUGUAUACUCCUUUGGGAUUUUGCUUCAUGAAUUACUGUCGGGAGAAAAACCAUUCUAUGGAUACAGCAGUGGAAAGCACAUGUCACUGGUCGUCAUGGGAGGAGAACGGCCUCACAUGGACAAACACUGGCCCAUGAAUCUACAGUGGCUCAUGAAACGAUGCUGGAAUCCAGUUCCUACGUCACGACCGGAUUUCGAUGUCAUUCUGCAAACACUCCAGGAAGUACUGGACCAAUCCACAAAACACAACAAUCAUCAUCAUCAUCAAGAACAACAACAAACCUGUAGUAGUCCCGAAGGAUCGACACAAUUCAUUUCCGCAGCAACAAGUCCGCCCACAUCACCCUCCAAAAACAAGUUGUUGUUGGAACCACCCAUUGGAGGAUUUGCGGCAUUGCUACGACCGAACCGGGGCGCACGAAGAAAGUCUCAUGGCAGCCACGAUGUCCCCCCCGCGAGUCCACCACCACUCCCCAGCCCACAACCCGCCAAGAAAGGAAUAUCCUUGGGAAGUUUCUUUUCCAGAAAAUGACUACUACUACUUCCACACACCAAAAGAGCAAAAGCAAGAGCACUGUUACUGGCUACCACCGCGUUGCUACUUUUCUUUUGCGUGUGGGAUGUUCCUCCUUUUUGGUCCAUACUACAGCCGACGACAAAUAUCUGAUCAACCACGACGAAGCGACGACGACCAUGCUGUAUUUUUUAUUCAUUUACCCCCCUUGUUGCAACAACGGACUAAUGUAGACUACUACGCACAAAUUUUAGGGGAAAAAGACUCAUUGAAUC